AGCUAGCUGGAUGUCAAUAUUGCAGUGUUAAUAUUUUUGGAUCGAUGGCCGUCAAAAAGUCAUAACAAAUUUGGAGAGGACGUGCGAUAGUGAAAGAAAGAUUUAUGGGGAUGGUCUUAUUUGCCCCCACAUUAUUAAGUGAGAAGGAUUACUAGUAAUGUCCCACGAGGAAGCCAGCGACCUGUCAGCAUUAGACUCUUUGUUCAGUAGAUACGGAGCCCAGGGAGUACGUGGGCUGUCAGAUGAACGCAAGAAACAGAUCUAUGCAGGCACACAACAGGAGGAUCAGGAAAGUAGCAAUCCUACUCACAAGACAUUGAAAGCAAUCCUUGAUUACGAAGAAACCAUUCCAGAUCAAGAAGUGGAUGAGUUUAUAACCAAGAUCCGCGAUACACGGCUUCUUGACGAUUACCCCGAUGACAAUCUAGACCCGCCAACCACUCCAGCGUACAACCCUUGGCCCCUGGAUGACGACAUCUCUCCCGUCAUGGCUGACCCUUUGAGCGGCGAGAUCUUGGUUACGGACUUACAGAACAAGGACACCACUAAAUCUGAUGACAAUGAAACACUUGACACAACAGAUCAAGAAGUGGAUGACCCCACUUCAUCAGAUGACGAUGGCGGCAUCGAUGAUGAGGAAGCUGAAGAUUUAACAGAGGAGUUUGAGAGGGAGAGAACGAAAGAAGAUGUGUCUGCAGAUCACCAUGGUGACGGAGAUGCAAAGAAGGAUGAUGAUGGAGAUGAGGCAUUGAUCCCUAGGAUAGACGAUGAUGUUGAUAAAGAACAAUUGGUUAAACAGGAAGAUGAUAUACACAUAGAGGAGGAAAAGGAUGAGGAGGAUGAUGAUGAUGAGGAGGAGGAGGAGGAGAAGGAGGAAGAAGAAGAGAAGCUAGAUGACAAGACAGAAGAUAAGGACGAAAAUGAUUCCAGUGUAGAUACCAAAGACAAUGAUGUUGAGUCAAGAACAUGCCCUGUGCAAAUAACAGUAGACUCUAGUGAAGAAACCCCUGAUAACACUGAUAGCACCAUGGAUACAGAAGGCGCCACAGUUACAGAUGGAAAAACAACGCAAUCAGAGAACAAUGAAGCAGGUAAAGCAGAGAAAACACCACAAGAAAAGAAGAAGGAAAGUGUUCCCGAUUUUGAAACAUUCCUAGCAGAACUGGGGGUAGAUCCCAAAGAUACACUGGACAUCGAGGCCCAGAAGUCUCGGGCUAGACUGAGUAGAGUUGGUCCCCUGGCCCAGAGAAGGCCUAAGACAAAACGUUCUUCAGGAGGGGAUGAAGACGGAUCUAAAUGGAUGUUCGUUGAUUCAACAGAACCUAGACCGCAUAGAUUAAGUAUAGAUGAAGAGGAGGAAGAAAAGGUAGAGGUAAAGACCCCGGUCAAGGCACCUGCUCCUCAACCGGCCAGUAGACCCGGUGUGAAGAAACCUCCAGGAGGGAUAGGACUAGGUCCCAUGGUGCUUCCAGGUCUUGGAUCAGUUCUCGGGGGUGCCAAGCUUAAAAAAACACCAACCAGUACACCAAACAAGACCUUCCAGAAGUCUAUAGAAGAAUCCAAAGUGACUGCCUCCAAGUCAGAACCAACGAGAACAACACCUCUAUCAUCUCUGAAAAAAACACCUCCCCCUGCUGCAUCAAAGGCUCCUCCCCCUGCAGCCUCUAAACCCCUCCUCAGUAAACCUAAACCACUGGCUAAGCCACGCCCAGUAUCACAGGCCAUGCCCACAAAAGAACCUGCUCAGCCUGCGUGGUUAAAGGAACUGAAGUCCAAACCAAAGCCUGAAGUGAAGGAAACGUCGAAAGAGGAAGAGAAACCCAACUCAGAUAUUCUCCAUCCUAAGACGACAUCCUCGGAGACCACACCCAAAACACCAUCCUGGAUGGCAAACAGCAAAACAAAGAAACUGCCUCCCAUUCCGUCUUCAUCUAGUACACCCAAGCAAGAAGGAGAAACGUCAACACCAAAUGUACCUCCAUGGAAGCAAGAAUUAAUGAAGAAGAAGAAACCGCCAGCACCCUCACCGCCAAGCAAUGUGAACAAGUCACCAGUCAAGUCUCAAAACCUGCCAAAGUCACCUACCAAAACUCCACCUGCUAAAACUCCAGCAAAGCCCCCCAUUGCCAGAAAACCAGGCCUUGCUGCAAAACAAGAUGAGAUCGUGGAUAAGGGCUCUCCAAAACCAUCCAAUGAGGUUAGCACAGAUAAGGUCUCUGCCAAGCCAACACAGAAGCCUAGUUCAGACAAGAGCUCAGUGCUUAAGAGAGAAGAUGAAGGGAGGGACGAGAUGGACUCCAAGAAAAUCAAACUUUCUCAGAGUAUGGAUUCUACAUCAGAUGAGGAAAAGAUGGAAGUGAUGCAAGAGGUGACAACAGAAGAAACUCCGAAGCAAAGGCUGGAGGAUAGCGAGGAGAAGGACGACUGCCAUGGAAAAGAUGUCGAGAUGAAACCAGAAGAAGAAGAGAGGGAGAAAGAAAAAGAAGAGGAAAAGGAGGAGGAAAAAGAGGAAGAGGUGAAAGUAGCAAAAACUGAAGAAAAGAAAAUUAUUAUUUUAACCAAGGAUGAAAAUUCUGAGACAGAAGAAAGCAAACCAUUAAAACCCAAAGAGCAUAACGAAACCAUAGUUACAAUGAAUGGCAACAGUAAAGAUACUGUGAAAGAAAAGCAGGAUGAGGAGGAAAAUAGGAAGGGAGGGGUAAAUGUAGAAAGGAAGAAAGAUGAGAAAAAUGUCAAGAAACCUGCUGUCAUCAUUCCAAAACCAAAAACAGAUAAACCAAAAAUUGAAAAGGAAGGUACAAGCCCAGUGAAAUCUGCUCUGAAAACAGACUCUAAGAAAGAAGAGCUAAAAGAGGAGAAAACGCCAGAGAAGAAGGUCACCAUUGUGACGAAUUCCGAUAGCAAGGUGGAAAGUACCAAGAAAAUAGAACAAAAGAAGGUGACUAUCGAGACCAAGACUGAGGAUAAGAACAGUGAUGACUCAAGCAUGCCCAAGUGGAAGCGGGAAGCACGGGAGAGGAUGCAGAAGCGAAAGAUGUCCGGAGGCAGCAUUGUUCCCUUGAGGUCACCCAAAGAAACAAUAGAGACCACUAACAACAACACUCCACAAUGGAAGAAAGACCUGGUAGAAAAGAGGAAACUGUAUCCUAGGAUGCCCUCUCUAGACAGCGAAGAAAAGGGGACUGUAGAGUCACAGAAAUCAGAGAAGGUUCUCAAGAGACACACAAUAGCAGCAGAUGUUCCAACCAUCAGCGUGCCAGUAGGUCAUAAAACAGGCACUCCAACAUGGAAACAAGAACUUGAAAAGAGGAACGCUCGUCUGGCCAAACAUCUCGCAACCAAGGAUGCAGGUCCAGGGAUCAAGACUCCUAUUGAUGGUGUAAAUCAGCAGCCAGUUCCUGAGCUCUCUAAAUGAGCGAGACAAGGAUUAGUACAAAGCUACAUGGAUUCAUGUCUUACACAAGAAGCGGAAGUAUCCCCACGCAGGAAUAAUGGUUUGAUCCAGUUAAUGUAGCAAAGUCUGAGUGUGGCAUGAUCCAAGUGCAAGGUGGGGGUGUGUGGUCAAGGGAAAUUAUUCAUCGCUCUUAGAAUAUAUCUUUAUAAUCAUUGUUGCUGUUGAUUGCAGUGAGCUGCUUCAAGAGUUCCAUUUGAAAGACAAAGAUUUCAAGGAGUUGCAAUCAAUUUUAAGGAAAUGAAAUUGAUUUGAAUUAAUAGUAUUUUAAGAUUGAUGAACACCCAUCCCAGUUGUAAUGAAAGAAAUGAUAUGGGAACCGAAAACUGCGCUGUUAACCUAGCUUUGUUAAUUAAAUUUCUAUUGAUUCAUUCCUUUAUUUAUUCCUCACAUCUUAUGGACAGCUUCUUUAUGUAUAUGUCAUUAAAAGAGAAACUAUUAUCAUAAGAAAUAUUGGAGGGACCAAAACAGUUCAUAUAACAAUUUAUCAGAAAAAUAUUUAUGAUUAAGUUAGUAUGAUUACUGUAAAUCAACAGGAAAAUGAUGAAACCUUGAGAAUAUAGACAAAUUGCACCAUUGAUAUCUUAAUGUGCUCGUACACUGUGUUAUCAAGGGUCAAUGUGAAAUGCAACCAGAUUACCGAGUAUUAUUAUUUUUUGUUACCCUUAUGUGGGAAUGCAGUGUGGUUUGGCAGAAAAUCAUAAGGCUUGUGUUGGUGUGUAGCUUUCAGUGUUUAUUUUGCUCUGGGAAAAAUGAGCAUUUUGUGAUUAUGCAGGAUACAUGUUGACAGCUUGAUGUGAUUAUUCCUUGGGUAUCACCUACAAUGGAUAACUCGUUGCCUACUG